CCGCCCCGCCUCCCCGCGGCGGGAAUGGCGGCGGAGGACGAGGCGGAGCUGAGCCUGCUGGAGUGCCGGGUGUGCUUCGAGCGGUACGGCCCCGGCGGGCAGCGGCGGCCGCGGAACCUUCCCUGCGGGCACGUCCUCUGUCGGGGCUGCGUGGGGGCCCUGGGCGGCACCGAGCGCCGGCGGUUGGAGUGUCCCUUCUGCCGGCGGGUCUGCGGCUCCGCCGAGACCAGCGACUGCUUGCCGCUGCUGCAGCUGCUGGAGGUGCUGGGUCCCGCCGGCGGCCCCUCGGCCUUGGGGAGGAGCGGCGGAGGGGAGGCCGGGCCGGCCGCCGCGGGCCUCGGGCUCCGGCUGUCCCUGGGGGGCUGGGGGUCGCUGGUCAACCCCACCGGGGUGGCUGCCUGCCGCAGGUCCGGGCGCCUGGCUGUGGCGCACGACGGCAAGAAGAGGAUCCACGUCUUCGGGCCGAGCGGCUCCUGCCUGCAGCGGUUCGGGGAGCGGGGGGACGCCGGCAACGACAUCAAGUACCCGCUUGAUGUGACGGUGACGUCGGACGGGCACGUGGUGGUCACCGAUGGCGGAGACCGCGCCGUGAAGGCCUUCGAUUUUGAGGGCCGGGGGGUCCUGGCCAUCCGGGAGGGUUUCUGUUUGCCGUGGGGCUUGGAUGCCACCCCCGAGAGCGAAGUAAUCCUGACUGACUCGGAGGCAGGCGCCCUGUACCGCUUGACGGCCGACUUCAAGAAGGGGGAAUUAAAGAAGUGUCAGAUGAUCCGGUCUCAGCUCAUCAGCCCAAGAGGGGUCGCGGUCUCCCAGACCUCGGGUGCUAUCGCCGUGAUAGAGCACCUGAAAGCUCAAGGACUGAACAGCAGUAGCACCCGCGUGAAGAUAUUCAGUGCGGAGAUGGAUCUUGUUGGCCAGAUGGAUAGCUUCGGUCUGAACCUCGUUUUCCCCUCCAAAAUAUAUACCACGGCUGUGGCCUUUGACAAAGAGGGUCGUGUUGUAGUAACAGAUGUGUGCAGCCAGGCUGUAAUAUGCUUAGGGAAACCUGAGGAGUUUCCCAUCUUUAACCCUCUAAUUAGCCAUGGGCUUUCUUAUCCUGUCGGACUGACUUACAUGGCAAACAAUUUCCUCGUCGUUUUAGACAGCGGUGAUCAUUCAGUAAAGAUAUAUAGCUCCACCUGAAUGGGUUUAGAUGCUUACUGCUAUAGGUUCAAGCUGCUUUCGGCCAUAAAGCACACGAUGUCCUGGUGUUAGGCGUGUAGGGAGGAGGCAUUUUCUGGGCUUUGAGUGGAAUUGCCCUCUUUGACCAACACGCUGUUCUUCCUGCAAAACUUACGUCGAAUCUCUCGCCUAUCCAUGGGAGAAGACCUGGCCGUUGCAGGCCAUAGUCAACAAAGAAUCAACCAAACAGAUAAUUUGGCUGGUGUUUAAAAAGUUUUGCAUACCUUGGCAAUCAAACGUUUUUGGUACUUUUUGACAAGUAAUAACAGCGGCAUUUGGAAUGGAGUAAUCAAAGACCAGCACCUGGGAGAGAAAGGGAGGCAUCGUUUGUUUAUGUUUCUCAUCGCGUUUUAAUUACUCUUCCUUAAGGGUAGAUACACUCAUGAGAGUGACAGAGUUUCUGUUUCCAGGAUUUCUGCAUGAGAGAGGAGACUGACUUGGCGAAAUAAUAGGAGAAAUGGAAGCUUCAGUUCCAGGUUGCCUGAAUGCAGCUAAGGUCGUUGCGAUGGGAGAGCUACCGCCGAUGACCAUCUCUACUGCCAGGCCAUGCAGUAGGUGCCUUGGUGGGACCAGAAAUACUCGUUGGCUGUUCUGCAGUAGGAGGUGUUCGGCGCGGAGCAGGAGCCCUCUUGAGGGGUCAGGAAGGAAAUUUACUCAGAGAAGCAGCUCCCUGGACUAUAUAGGUAUUCCUUUCUAGGUGCCAAGGAGAUAUCUGUCUUUGAGGGACAUAAAAGCAAUUAGAUAACAGUUCCUUUGGGGAGAUGCUAUGUUUCAAAAUGCAUGCAAUACCAUCAGUGCUAUAUUCAUACAUAAUUAAUAGUUUAUCUCAGUAGCACUUCCUCUGAACUGUGGGCUGUGAGCUUUCAUCUCCUCAAACCUCUGUGCGUACCAGGAGCUUGUUUUUGCUACUGAGCUCAUGGAUGGGCAAAUUUCCUAGCGCCUACUGCCAUGUGGGCAACUUUCCAGCAGCUGAAACGCUGAUUUUUAAAUAUUUGACUCAUGCUGUUUUGAAAUCAACAAAAACUCCCAUUGUUACCGUUUCUUCUCCAAUCUCCUUUGGUAUAUGACUAGAAAUCAUUUGAUGUUUGGGUUUGUAAGCAAAAUAAACAUCGUGCCUUUAUUCUACUUAGUUUGCUGUAUGCCAUCCCCUGCAGUCUCUGCUUCACAUACCUUCUGAAAGCAAACGUAGACUUUGUGAAUGAUGCAGCUGGAUUCCUUUUAGUAUAAAGCUUGGUGCUCACUGUUGUACGACACUGCAUCAAAGAAACCGUUACAUUCAGUCUUAAUUCAUUUGAUGCAGGUGCCUAAAUUGAGAAGCCAUAAAUAACUGUAUAAAACCACGUACUAAAAAUUCUGAGUUCUUCAGCACGUAAGGGAAAGUGCAGCAGUAAACCUGAAAUCUUUAUUUUGCCACACGAGAAUUUCAGAGAUAAUGGGAGACAGAGAUCCACCAACAUGCUGAUACCAAACUAAAAAGCCUUUGACUUUUUCACUUACUCUUGCUUCUUCCUUUGUGCAUAUAUGCACGUUUCCCCGAUAGCUACUGUAGAUAUAUAUGGCCUUCAGGAUGAUACCUCAAUGCCAUUUACUUUCCAAAGGCCCAAGGGAUGUGCACUGCUCCUAUCCAUCUGCAAAUCUGUUGCCAUUUAGUCACAGAUUUCAACAGAACAAAAAUUUGGGUUCAGAGAGAGGGAUGGGAAAGGGUGAGGGGCACCUAUAACUAGGUGGGUGAUGCUUUUGUGGUCUGACUGGAUAUGCUCAAAACAGGGACAGCUAGAUGUGUGCUUACCCUUGGAAAAGAGUGCUGGCCAUUUGAUCUAGAAUGUAACAUGGCAAAUGUGUCUAAUCACUUCAGUGAUAAUUACUGUUGAAUUUAUUUAAAAAAAAAAAAAACCCUAAACUAAACAAGAACCUAAACUAAACUUUGCAUAACCCUCUGCACCUCAUGCUUUAACAAUUUGGCUUCAAACCAAACAAUUAUAAUGGACAGUGUUCCCCUAAUGUCUUCUCUUCAGCCCCUACUAUAGAUUGGUAUGUCUGAGCAUGCACACACUGCAAUUCCUAUUUGGUUUAUUUUUAAGUGCUGAUGUCAGAUUGCUGUCGUUGCAUAUAAAUAUACCGGGGUAUGUUUGCAGUGUUUAGGAAUAAAGGAGACAGGGCAGUUUCAGAAAUAUGUGAUGAAAUUGUGUUCUCUAAUAUAUAUUUUUUGUUUUGCUUGUGAACAAAAUAAUUUUAUGUAAAGAAUAUAAUCAAUUUUUCAGAAUGAUGAAUAAAAAGAAGAGAUACAGGAAAAAGAAAAAAAAGGUAACUUCAUUCUGGCCAUUGACCGACCGCUUGAUCGUCUGUCCGUUCCCUCCAGCCACACUGCUGUGCACAUCACUUUGAUGUUUAUAUUUUUACAAAGCGUGGACGUAACACCACCAUAGCAUUUUUUUAACAUGAACUGAUUUCAAGUUAAGAGGAGACCUCCUGUAAUGCCCAGCCCCAAACCCACUAAGAGUUUGAUGAGCCAGCCCCCAAACCACUAAGAGCGAUGGCCUUGAAUCCAGGAGACCUUUCUUUUCUGGAAGGAUUGAGAGCCCUGUCCAGCCCCAGCCACUGCUGUUUGAGUCACCAGCUCAUCUGGUGCAGCAGGCUCUCUUGGCUGGGCCAGCUGUGUUCAAAAGUGCUUCCACCAGAACGGAGGAUCUUCCAGGUGGAAUGUAUAGCCCCCAGCAACUGGAGGAGCUUUAUCCUCGCCUUGACUGAUUGUUUUAAUUUGAUGUGAAAGCUGCAGAGCCAGCACGAAGGCACAAACGAGGCUCUGGAAACGAAGUAGAGAAAUAGGUAUGUACAGGGUUUGAAAUUGCAGGAAGAAUUCCAAAUUUGUCAUGCCACAUACGCAGUCACUGACUGUAAAGAGGAACAGGCCAGGCAGACCUGAGAGAAGGUAUCAGCCAGCCUCACCUGGCAAUGCCCAGCCAUCGCCGGGCGGAAGGUUGGCUCAGACCCGCUGGAGGUGAGCUGAGAACAGGCGCUGUCUGCUUGAUUCCUCUUCAGCAAACCCUGUGUGCUACUGAACGCGAUGGGGAAUUAUCAUCAUUACCUGCAUAUCAAAAUUCCAAAUGUGCAAAACAUGUAAACCUUUAACCUUGAAAUACGUUAAACCGAAGACCAACCCACCAUUUCUCCCUUUGCCGUGGGCUGCUGUGGGUCAUGCAUGAGUCCAGGGGGAGGGAAUACUUGCCAGUUCUGUGUUUCUCCAUCAAAGUGGGCAUUGACCAUGCCUCCGUUCCGCGUUACAUCUUCAACUUAAUUAUCUCAAAUAAUAUGCUAGUAAUAUGUUAAUAUUUGAUACUGUUACAUAAACAUACAGGCUUUCCCUAGACUGCUUCCUGAGUAUAACCUGUCUGAUUCUCCUCAACAGCUUUAAAGCUAGCUACUACUGGAGAGGUUCUCAGUGAGCAGAUGCUGCGUUGCACUGAUGCCUUUCUCUCACCACUGCUUUCCAAGAGAUUUACAGAUAUUUUUGAACUUGGUGUUCCAGCCUCCCUCUGAGGCAAACACGAUAUAAAUGUCCUGGCCCUGAAGCUGCAGAGAGGAGAGCUGAGAAUCAAGGGAAGCCUUUGAUACACUUGAGACCAGCUCUCAGACUUCCCAUUACAAGAUGGAGGAGUGCUGGCUUUUAAAGACCAGGUGAAAUAUGGACUGUUUCUUCUCUCGUAUGCCAAAGUGAAAUUGAAGUUGCCCCAGACCCAGGAUUAGAGCUCCAGCAAGGAACCUUUCAGCUUGAUGGAGACAGGGAUUGCGCCUGCCUCGGGGACACUGGCUGUUCACCUCUGAUCCCAGAGGGCCACUUACUCUCAGGCACCCAGGGUGGGUGUGGAGGCAGAGGUAGGGUCCUAGCAGAGCUUAGCACCCCAUCCAGGUAAAGCCAAACAGGUCAUUCAAAACAGAUGUAAAUUUGACUGUGAGAACAGAUUUAGUCUAUUCACCACUGACAGAGCCUGUAAGCCAGCUCUGUUCAGAGCUGAGGGAGGUUUAAACUGCAGUGCCUCUUAAAAGCAAUGUACUACCCAGGAACCUAAACACACAGCUCUCAGCCAGCUGGUGUAGCUUUGAGCAGCAUCUCUCAGGCAGGGUAACGUUUAGGUGCAUACAUUCUGCAUUUAUUCCUCCUAACACUGGCAAUUAACACUUCUUUUACUUCCAAGUGUCAGAAGAGUGUCUGUCACCACAGCCACUUUCUGGGUCCAGUGUUGCCAUAAAUAUGCUGGACAUAGAGGACAAUUUUCAUGCCUCCAGCACAGCUUGAGAGACGGUCAAAACAGAUCUCUGAUAAGAGAGGUGGCAAACAUCCAUCUUGACUGAGGUCCAGCUUGAAUUUGGAGCAAAAAGGAGAAAGAAAAGCAGCCUGAAAAGUGCCCUUAGCUGGGUCACUGGGUAAAAUCCUGCUCUCAUGCACUCUUAUAGAUUCAACGUACCUGUCCAGUGGUGUUACUUACCAAACCUAAUGAAGAGUGAGAGACAGAAAUUUGGUUCCCAGUGUACAAUUAUGGGCAGGCACUUGCUUCCCUAAGUAGUCUCUAAAUGCAUUUUAUUCAAUGAAAAAUACAAGUUUGUGUGAGCAACAGGACACUCAUUGGUGUUCUGUCACAAAUACAAAGUCAUAUUUUAUUCCACUCCUCCAGUAUGAAAUAUUUCUCCCCUAUAGGAUGUCCAGGCCUCCUUCCUAUAUGCUAAAUGCUAUUAAAAAAAAAUAAAAGAAAAAAUUAUCCAUUCUUCUUUUUCACCAGCAUCAGUGGAAAAUUUAUCAAUUAACUCUGUUAGAGCUAUGAGCUUCUAUCUCUUCCUAUGCUUUUUCUUAACGUAAAUGUAAUAUAUUAGAUUAUUUCCUUAAUAUCUGUUGGUUUUAUUAUACAGUAUUUGUUCAUUUUACCUUUUUCUCUCAGACUGGAUGAUGCUGUUUUGU